AUGGAGCUGUCCCCCCGCAGCCCUCCCGAGAUGCUGGAGUCGGAUUGCCCGUCACCGCUGGAGCUGAAGUCAGCCCCCAGCAAGAAGAUGUGGAUUAAGCUUCGGUCUCUGUUGCGCUACAUGGUGAAGCAGCUCGAGAACGGGGAGGUAAACAUUGAAGAGCUGAAGAAAAACCUGGAAUACACAGCUUCUCUGCUGGAGGCUGUCUACAUAGACGAGACACGGCAAAUCUUGGACACGGAGGACGAGCUGCAGGAGCUGCGGUCAGAUGCCGUGCCUUCGGAGGUACGAGACUGGCUGGCCUCCACCUUCACCCAGCAGGCCCGGGCCAAAGGCCGUCGCGCAGAGGAGAAGCCCAAGUUCCGGAGCAUCGUGCACGCGGUGCAGGCUGGGAUCUUUGUGGAACGGAUGUUCCGGAGAACGUAUACCUCUGUGGGCCCCACCUAUUCCACUGUGGUCCUCAACUGUCUCAAGAACCUGGACCUCUGGUGCUUUGAUGUCUUUUCCUUGAACCGGGCAGCAGAUGACCACGCCCUGAGGACCAUUGUUUUUGAGUUACUGACUCGGCAUAACCUCAUCAGCCGCUUUAAGAUUCCCACUGUGUUUUUGAUGACUUUCCUGGAUGCACUGGAGACAGGCUAUGGGAAGUACAAGAACCCUUACCACAACCAGAUCCACGCAGCUGAUGUUACCCAGACAGUCCAUUGCUUCUUGCUCCGCACAGGGAUGGUGCAUUGCCUGUCGGAGAUCGAGGUCUUAGCCAUCAUCUUCGCUGCAGCCAUCCACGACUAUGAGCACACAGGCACUACGAACAGCUUCCACAUCCAGACCAAGUCGGAAUGUGCCAUCUUGUACAAUGAUCGCUCAGUGCUGGAAAAUCACCACAUCAGCUCUGUCUUCCGAAUAAUGCAGGAUGAUGAGAUGAACAUUUUCAUCAACCUCACCAAGGAUGAGUUUGUAGAGCUACGGGCCCUGGUCAUCGAGAUGGUAUUGGCCACGGACAUGUCCUGCCAUUUCCAGCAAGUGAAGUGCAUGAAGACAGCCUUGCAGCAGCUGGAGAGGAUUGACAAGUCCAAGGCCCUGUCUCUACUGCUCCAUGCUGCCGACAUCAGCCACCCAACCAAGCACUGGUCGGUUCACAGCCGCUGGACCAAGGCCCUCAUGGAGGAGUUCUUCCGCCAGGGCGACAAGGAGGCAGAGCUGGGCCUGCCCUUUUCUCCCCUGUGUGAUCGGACUUCCACUCUGGUGGCACAGUCGCAGAUCGGGUUCAUUGACUUCAUCGUGGAGCCCACCUUCUCUGUGCUGACUGAUGUGGCCGAGAAGAGUGUCCAGCCCCUGGUGGAUGAGGACUCCAAGUCUAAGAACCAGCCCAGUUUCCAGUGGCGCCAGCCUUCUCUGGAUGUGGAAGUGGGAGACCCCAACCCUGAUGUGGUCAGCUUCCGCUCUACCUGGACCAAAUACAUUCAGGAGAACAAGCAGAAAUGGAAGGAACGGGCAGCAAGUGGCGUCACCAACCAGAUGUCCAUUGACGAACUGUCCCCUUGUGAGGAAGAGGCCCUGCCCUCCCCUGCCGAAGAUGAACACAACCAGAAUGGGAAUCUGGACUAGCCUGGGGCUGGCCCAGGUCCUCAAUGAGUCCAAAGUGUUUG